AGAUAAAUAUCUUUGCUUUAAAUUGCUUUUGAUUUGAUACAUAUUAUUAUUAAUUUAUUAUCUUAGAUGAUAUACAAUAUGAUUCAUGUUUAGAAAUUUAUUCAGAAAAAGGAAGUAGAAAAAAAAUAUAUAUAUAUACCCUCACAAUUUUAUUGGGAUUGUCUUCUCCAACUGCUACUGUAUUCAGCUCAGAAGUAGGUGAAGCAUCAUCUCUCUGUUUCCAUGUGGCUUCAGGUCUUCAUUGGUUCAGUUAAUUAUCUAUUUUGGUAAGUGUUUCAAAGUGCCUCUGUGGGGUAUACAGCAUGUCCUCUUGUGUAAUGCCAAUUCCUAUCCAAUGGGUAGGUUCAUAAAAGAGCAGCCUACGCUGGACUUAGAGGGAAGAAGAAAUCAACGGGACAUUGUCUUCUGUUAUUCUCAGAACCCGUGGCAGAUUGUCAUCAUACUUCUUUUAUGGAAGUUCAAGCAAGACAUUGUGUGCUUAUCAUGAAAACUCCACUCUACUUCUCUAAUGGGGCAGAGCACUAUUCUCCUCCUUGGUUCAGUGUUGCUCCCAUGAUGAAAUGGACUGAUAACCAUUACAGAACUUUGGCCUGUCUCAUCUUAAGGAAGACGUGGCUCUACCCAGAAAUGCUUGCUGACGAAACAACGGUCUACUGGUCUGGCAAUUUGGAAAGUUUGUAGCUGAGGCCAUGUGCAUAAUUGCUGCAAAUACAAAUGUUCCCGUGAGUGCCAAAUGCAGAAUUGGACUUGAUGAGCAUGAUUCAUACUGUGAACUAUGUAAGUCGAAAGAUCUGCUUCUGCCGAGAUGGGUUCCCAAAGGGUUACAAUGGGUUCUUAGGAGAUGUGACUAGGCUUGAGGAGUUUAUCAAAGAUCCAUGGGGUCUUAAGGCCAAACAACCUGCCACAUGUCAGGUUAAGGUGCCCAAGCUAAUCGUUGAGUCGCCCCCACGGGUGCCUGUAGGUAAUGGGGAUGGUGAGGAGGCAGCUUCUACUGCUUCAGCUCAGACUAAGCGUGUUGCUUUGCAAAAGAAAGCUGCUGCUGCUGCAUCUAAUGUGGGUGAGGAUUUCACUGGAGGGUUUCAGUCUGGAGAUGUGGAGGGCUCCACGAAAGAUGUUGGUGGAGAAGAACAAGGUCUAUCAAAUAUCAAAGUGCUGUGUAGGCUAUGCUUUUCCAGUGAAACCGAAGGAGGUGAAAGAGCAAGGAAGAUGAUGUCAUGCAAUUGUUGUGGGAAGAAGUAUCACCUAAGCUGCCUGAAAACUUGGGGUCAACAUAGAGAUCUCUUCCAUUGGAGUUCAUGGACAUGUCCCUCUUGCCGGGUUUGUGAGGGCUGUCAAACAACUGGAGAUCCAAACAAGUUCAUGUUUUGCAAAAGGUGUGAUGCAGCUUAUCACUGUUACUGUAUGCAGCCUCCACUCAAGAAAGUUAGCAGUGGGCCUUAUUUGUGCCCCAAACACACAAAGUGUCACAGCUGUUGUUCUAAUGUUCCAGGAAAUGGACUGAGGGCGAGGUAUGUUGUAUGGGGCCAUGAACAGCUAGUGGAAAUUCUCUUGGAUUCAAGUUUUGCUCUGGUAUUUAGGAUACACUUGUUGUGAUGCUUGUGGAAGAUUAUUUGUGAAGGGAAACUACUGUCAAGUUUGUUUGAAGGU